AUGCAAGACGAAUCUAACCACGAAAGCCAAUAUUGCAAAUUUGACAAUGAGCUCCUUACUUUGUUCACCUCUUCAUUAUAUCUUGCUGCAUUAGUAGCUUCUUUCUGUGCUUCCACCACCACAAGAAUGAUGGGACGCAAGACCUCAAUGUUUGUAGGUGGUUUGUUUUUCCUUUUUGGUGCUUUGUUGAAUGGUUUUGCCAUCAAUAUUGAGAUGCUUAUCAUAGGUCGUUUAUUGCUUGGUUUUGGUGUUGGAUAUUGUAAUCGGUCUGUACCUGUGUAUUUGUCUGAAAUGGCCCCAACAACGAUAAGAGGUGCACUCAACAUUGGUUUUCAAAUGAUGAUCACAAUUGGCAUAUUAAUUGCAAACCUUAUCAACUAUGGGACUGCAAAACUAGAAUAUGGUUGGAGAAUUUCUUUAGGUAUUGGUGCAGUCCCCGCAAUAAUGCUAUGUGUGGGAUCUCUUUUCUUAGGUGACACACCAAACUCUCCGGUUGAAAGAGGUAAAAUAGAAGCAGCUAAGAAAAUGUUGCAAAGGAUUCGUGGCGUUGAUAAUGUCGAUGAGGAGUUCCAAGAGCUCGUUGAUGCGACUAAAGCGACCAAAGAUGUGGAACACCCAUGGAAGAACAUUAUACAACCAAAACAUAGGCCUCAACUCACUUUUUGCUCUCUCGAUUCCAUUCUUCCAACAAUUCACCAGUAUCAAUGUGUUAAUGUGGUUGCCACUGUUGUUUCCAUUUUCUCUCGUGGACAAGUUUGGAAGAAGGAUAUUGUUCCUCGAAGGUGGUAUUCAAAUGCUUGUUUGUCGCUUGUCGUUGGAACCAUGAUUGCUAUGAAGUUUGGAGUGAGCGGUGAAGGCUCAUUUACCAAUGGAGAAGCUAGUCUCCUCUUAUUCUUUAUAUGUGCAUAUGUUGCAGCAUAUGCAUGGUCUUGGGGUCCACUAGGGUGGUUGGUUCCAAGUGAAAUAUGUUCUCUUGAGGUUCGAUCGGCAGGUCAAAGCACCAAUGUUGUCGUAAACAUGUUGUUCACCUUUGUCAUUGCUCAAAUUUUCCUAACCAUGCUGUGUCACUUGAAGUUUGGCCUUUUCUUCUUCUUUGCUGGAUUUGUGCUUAUCAUGACCAUUUUUGUCGCCUUGUUCCUACCCGAGACAAGGAACGUCCGAAUUGAAGAAAUGAAUAGACAGCCAUGGGUGGUUUACUCUUUGGUUAUGAUCUUGGGAUCACUGGGAGGAGUGACUUCCAUGGAACCUUUCCUAAUAAAAUUCUUUCCUAGUGUUUAUAAACAAAUGCAAGACGAAUCUAACCACGAAAGCCAAUAUUGCAAAUUUGACAAUGAGCUCCUUACUUUGUUCACCUCUUCAUUAUAUCUUGCUGCAUUAGUAGCUUCUUUUUGUGCUUCCACAACCACAAGAAUGAUGGGACGCAAGACCUCAAUGUUUGUAGGUGGUUUGUUUUUCCUUGUUGGUGCUUUGUUGAAUGGUUUUGCCAUCAAUAUUGAGAUGCUUAUCAUAGGUCGUUUAUUGCUUGGUUUUGGUGUUGGAUAUUGUAAUCGGGUGACACACCAAACUCUCUCGGUUGAAAGAGGUAAAAUAGAAGCAGCUAAGAAAAUGUUGCAAAGGAUUCGUGGCGUUGAUAAUGUCGAUGAGGAGUUCCAAGAGCUCGUUGAUGCGACUAAAGCAGCCAAAGAUGUGGAACACCCAUGGAAGAACAUUAUACAACCAAAAUAUAGGCCUCAACUCACUUUUUGCUCUCUCGAUUCCAUUCUUCCAACAAUUCACCGUUUGGAAGAAGGAUAUUGUUCCUCGAAGCUUGCUGUUGGAACCAUGAUUGCUAUGAAGUUUGGAGUGAGCUGUGAAGGCUCAUUUACCAAUGGAGAAGCUAGUCUCCUCUUAUUCUUUAUAUGUGCAUAUGUUGCAGCAUAUGCAUGGUCUUGGGGUCCACUAGGGUGGUUGGUUCCAAGUGAAAUAUGUUCUCUUGAGGUUCGAUCGGCAGGUCAAAGCACCAAUGUUGCUGUAAACAUGUUGUUCACCUUUGUCAUUGCUCAAAUUUUCCUAACCAUGCUGUGUCACUUGAAGUUUGGCCUUUUCUUCUUCUUUGCUGGAUUUGUGCUUAUCAUGACCAUUUUUGUCGCCUUGUUCCUACCCGAGACAAGGAACGUCCGAAUUGAAGAAAUGAAUAGAGUAUGGAAAUCACACUCGGUUUUGGACUAG